AUGUCCUCAAUCUCUUCUUCUCCCACCCAAAAUGCUGCACAAGGCCCAAAGCCAACAAAGGCCAAAUCUGUGCCGGUGCACUAUCCGUUCUGGUUUGGUGGCAGCGCUGCCUCAAUGGCGGCGGUAGUCACACAUCCUCUCGACUUGGUCAAGGUCCGCCUCCAAACUCGAACUGCUUCCGCACCUAAAACUACCCUUGGCACCUUUGCCUAUGUCUAUCGCAACCAAGGCAUCUUGGGUCUCUAUGCAGGCUUGUCCGCAGCCUUGCUACGCCAACUUACCUAUUCAACUGCACGCUUCGGUAUCUAUGAGGAUCUCAAAACCCGCUUUGCCCCAGUCCCUACCCCCGAAAACCCCAAACCACGUCAAUCCCUCCUCAACCUCGUCCUUAUGUCCUCCACUGCGGGAUUCCUCGGUGGGAUCGCCGGUAAUCCAGGAGACGUGUUGAACGUCCGUAUGCAAUCCGACGCCUCAAAACCCCCUGAAGCGCAACGUAACUACAAACAUGCCUUUGACGGACUAAUACGCAUGAUCCGGGAGGAAGGGGCCACCAGUAUAUUCCGUGGGGUCGGCGCCAAUAGCACAAGAGCAUUACUCAUGACAGCAUCCCAGUUGACAUCCUACGAUGUCUUCAAACAGUUCUGUUUACAAAGAAUGGGCAUGCAGGAUAAUUUCGGCACGCAUUUCACAGCCUCCCUUGCAGCAGGCUUCGUAGCGACGACCAUCUGCUCCCCAGUGGAUGUGGUCAAGACCCGUGUCAUGAGUGCUGGAGGCAAAGUCGGCAUCCUACACCUCCUCUCCGAAGCCAGUCGCAAGGAGGGUCUCCUCUGGAUGUUCCGAGGCUGGGUACCCAGCUUCAUCCGCCUAGGCCCUCAGACCAUCUGCACCAUGGUGUUUUUCGAACAGCACAAGAAACUCUACCGACGGUGGAAAGGCCUGGACGAAUGA